AUGCCUUCUACCUCUCGGGGUACUGGUAGCACAUCGUCUACGAUGAUUUCAUCAAUAUGUGUACCGUUAAUCGAUGCUACUCAGACCAUCUGCGGGCCAGCCUUUGGAUUCGAUACUACUACGACGAAGACCGGCACAAACAAGCUCACCUCCGAUGCUCCAGCAUGUACUCGAGCGCCGCUUUCUCUAGAUGAUGACGAGGGAAAUAACAAUCCCGACGAUUCGUUGUUUGAAACGUCGAGCAUAUUUGCCAGCAACACCACAAUGUUCGCAAGCUCGACUUCCAAGGGCACUUCUAGUAUGACUCCCCGCAGCUCUUCAACAGCGCCAGCACCGAGUCAUACGCCCAUGGAUAGGAACGGUCAUUGGAAGGUGAAUAUCGGUCAAUGGAUGUGGGACGACUAUUCGGAAGUGGGAUGGACGCUGUACGAUCCCAACGGCUUCGAGGCUGGUAAGCACACGACACGUGGAAAUGGCCUCAAGGAGAUGAAGGAAUAUAUCCAGUCGGUGAAUCGUCCUUUCGGUGACUCCAUGCCUUUUGGAGUCGACAUGACCGUCUCACAGCCCCACGACCACGAUCACUCUAGAAUCACCUUUAAAAUUAAGAAGGAGGUCAAAGGCUGCGGGGAAUGUUCGCCUCACAUGACGACGGAGGACUACACCGAGAGCCGGCCAUUCGAGAUCAAUGCUUGCGAAAAGUCUUGCUCAAAACAAGGAAAAUCUAGUCCUUUGAAAGCCCUGUCGGAUUUAUGGUGCGAUGACCUUAAUACAGCCGAUUGGGAGACUUUGGCCAAUGGUUGGAAGCGCAGUUUUAACUGUGGUUGGAAGGGUUUUGAUUAA